CCUCCCUCUCCCUAUCUCUCUCACUGACUCACUCUCUCACACGCACUUGCUCAAGCUCCCCGGAUUUUUCGGUCUCCAAGGCAUGCAGAUCUCCAAGACCAUAUAGCCUCCGGACCGAACGUCACCGCGAGUGACAGAACGUUUCCCCCGAGGGCGAGGUGAAAAGAAAAAGAGACAGCAUACCGUACCGGCGGGCGGGCGGCGUGGGCUUUGGUUUUUGGUUUGGGGGAGCGUCGAGCUUGGGGGGGGGGUGAUGGAGGCAAAGCGGUACCUUGGCUGCGCCCGCGCCUUGCCUGGUGGCGGAGAAGACACGAGCUGCUACUAGAGUGAGAAUCCAACUGACUGCGCUUCAGCUGCUGUAGCUGUCGGUCGAUGUCUCCUGCACAGAAUUGAUGAUGCCACUUCUUCACACGGCCGUUUUCACCUCAUCCAUUUUAGGAUUCUAUUCACACAUUCGGAUUCUUCUCCGAACCUUGGAAUAUAGAUGAUUAGCGGGGCAUAGAUUUUUCUCUUUUCUUCUCCCUCCCUUCCCCUUAUUUUAUGUAAAGGAGAGAAAGGGAAGACCAAGACUCGGGACAGCCUGUUUUCAUAGACUAUAGACUGUAUUUUCAACAUCUCCAAACGCAUGCUCUCUUGCUCACGCCCCAACCUGAGCACCACGGCUUCUUGCUUUGAGAGAGAGAAAAAAACUAAAAUCACUAAAUAUCAACAAAUGUGACUUAGGGUUAGGUUUUAGGAAAGCCCUAUCGGCGCCAUUUGAGGAUAAGCCAACAUAGAGGAGGCAUACGGCUGGAUUUGGCUAUUGCUCGUCUCUACUAUAGGCUAUCAAACAUUGCGGAUGGUACUGAAAAUUAUUAAUUAUUAAGGAUUUUCGCUCGUUUUCUAUUCUCGGCUAUUUUUAUCUCCAACGAGGACAAGACAACUGCAGAUCCUCUCAAGCUGAACUACUGGAGGAAAAGACGCAGUAUAUAUAUAAUGUAGGCUAGUUAUUUAGAAAUGAUUGUUAGAUUUAAUUCAUCACCUUGCUGUCAUCCAUAGCUUAUUAUUGCAUAGGAUUAGGGCUAAAUGUAUGGAUUUGUAUACCUAGUGAAAUGUACCUCCGUGUUUGCAUGAGGAUUCUGUCCUCCAAUGAAACACAUCAAGGAUGCCAUCCUCCUCUUUCAAUCAGAUAAAAAAAAGACAUUGACAUUUUUGAAAUUCAUUUUGGGAAUAGCUUCUUACAUCAUCAAUAGGCUAAGAUAGCGAUUUUUAAUCACAAACUGCUCUCGCCUGGAACAACGAACCACGCCACCACCUCUCUCUCUCCCACAUCACCCACCCGUUCUCCAUUUCCACUCUAAGCACACACAGCGAGAGAAGUGAAGCCACCGUUUGCUCUCUCCUCAGCUCUCCUCUGUGCUCUAGCUCUCUCUUCUCUCCUCAGCUCUUCCCCCCCCCCUCUCUCCAAUGGAGGUGUCUUGGCCGUGAAGACCUGCUAGAGUGAGAGAGUAUUGUAGACCUAUAGACUAACAGACAGACCGACAGAGCGACAGAACGACAGAAAGACCCACUGCCACCUAUAGGUUCUGCAUGUGUGUUUCCUCUGGAGAUCGAUGGGGUGUAAUGUGGAACGAUCACUGUGACUAUCCUCUCUGGUUCUUAACGAUCGCCGUCUGGUCUCCCCACUCCCUACAGAAUGGCACGCUUCGGUGACGAGGUGCCGAACCGAGGAGGUGGAGGAGGUGGAAGUGGAGGCGGUGGCAAUGCCGGUCCUCUGGGGGCCCCUGGCCGUGGCGGGAGCCGGCAAGGCGGACCCCCGGGAGGCCAGCGUGUGUACAAGCAGUCGAUGGCCCAGCGGGCCCGGACUAUGGCUCUGUACAACCCGAUCCCGGUCCGACAAAGCUGCUUUACACUCAACCGCUCUCUCUUCAUCUUCAGUGAGGACAACUUUGUGAGAAAAGCUGCCAAAAAGAUUACUGAAUGGCCUCCUUUUGAAUGGAUGAUUUUGGCAACCAUCAUAGCUAACUGUAUCGUCCUGGCUCUGGAACAGCAUUUACCUGAGAAUGACAAAACUCCUCUUUCUGAGAGACUGGAUGAUACAGAGCCCUACUUCAUAGCCAUCUUCUGUUUUGAGUCAGGUAUAAAGAUUCUGGCUCUGGGCUUUGCCCUCCAUAAGGGCUCCUACCUGAGGAAUGGAUGGAACGCUAUGGACUUUGUAGUAGUGCUCACUGGUAUCUUGUCGGCGGUUGGCUCCGAAUUUGACCUGCGGACACUGAGAGCAGUCAGGGUUCUGCGACCACUUAAGUUGGUGUCAGGGAUUCCCAGCCUGCAGGUGGUACUCAAGUCCAUCAUGAAGGCUAUGAUCCCCCUGCUGCAGAUCGGACUGCUUCUCUUUGUGGCCAUUCUGAUGUUCGCCAUCAUCGGCCUUGAGUUCUACAUGGGAAAGUUCCACACCACCUGUUUCGACAUCGCCACUGAUGAGAUUUAUGAUGAGUUGCCAUGCGGUACAGAGUUACCGUCCAGAUUGUGUCCUAAUGGGACCACGUGUAAAGGCUAUUGGCUGGGGCCCAACUAUGGGAUCACCCAAUUCGACAACAUUCUCUUUGCUGUCCUCACUGUAUUCCAAUGUAUCACCAUGGAGGGUUGGACCGAUAUGUUAUACUAUAGUAAUAAUGUAGAGGGAAGUGCCUGGAACUGGAUGUACUACAUCCCCCUCAUCAUCAUCGGGUCCUUCUUCAUGUUAAAUCUGGUGCUGGGCGUCCUCUCAGGAGAGUUUGCCAAAGAGAGAGAGCGAGUAGAGAACCGUGCAGAGUUCCUCAAAUUGAGACGCCAGCAGCAAAUAGAGAGAGAGCUAAACGGAUAUCUAGAAUGGAUCUGUAAAGCAGAGGAGGUCCUUCUGAAUGAGGAUGGUACCAUUUUUACCGGUACCGUCAAGACCAAGAACAAGAAAGAGCUGCUGAAUCCAGAGGAGGGGGAAGACGGUGGAGCUAAUGGAGACCCGUUUGGCCGAGGUGGUCUGCAGGAUGGGUCCAACUACAAUAGGAACGAGCGGCGGAUCCGGUUCUUCAUCCGUAAGAUGGUGAAGACUCAGGCCUUCUACUGGACCGUCCUGAGUCUGGUGGGGCCUCACACCAUGUGUGUGGCGGUGGUACACUAUGAACAACCUGAGAUCCUCUCCGACUUUCUCUUCUAUGCAGAGUUUAUAUUCCUGGGUCUGUUCAUGUCAGAGAUGUGUAUUAAGAUGUAUGGCUUGGGGACUAGGCCCUACUUCAACUCCUCCUUCAACUGCUUUGACUGUGUUGUGAUCGUGGGCAGUAUAUUUGAGGUGAUAUACGCGGUCAUUAAGCCAGGGACAUCGUUUGGCAUCAGUGUGUUAAGAGCCCUCCGACUGCUCAGGAUCUUCAAAGUCACCAAGUACUGGGCCCCUCCGAACUUGGUGGUAUCAUUACUCAACUCUAUGAAGUCCAUCAUCAGUUUGCUCUUCCUCCUCUUCCUCUUCAUUGUCGUCUUUGCCCUUUUGGGCAUGCAGCUCUUCGGUGGACAGUUCAACUUUGAAGGUGGCACGCCGGCCACCAACUUUGACACCUUUCCUGCAGCUAUAAUGACAGUAUUUCAGAUCCUGACGGGUGAAGACUGGAACAUGGUGAUGUAUGAUGGGAUCAAGUCUCAGGGAGGAGUAAACAGUGGAAUGGCCUACUCCGUCUUCUUCAUAGUGCUCACACUCUUCGGCAACUACACCCUGCUGAAUGUGUUCUUAGCUAUCGCCGUGGACAAUCUGGCCAAUGCUCAGGAGUUGACCAAGGAUGAGGAGGAGCAAGAAGAGGCAGCUAAUGCCAAGACAACCCUGCAGAAGGCCAAGGAGGUGGCUGAAGUUAGUCCUCUGUCUGCCGCUAACCUCUCCAUCGCUGCUAAGGAGCAGCAGAAGAAUAAUAAGGCUGGUGGCAAAUCUGUGUGGGAACAGAGGACCAGUGAGAUAAGGAGACAGAACCUGAUGACCAGCAGAGAGGCCCUGUACAACGAGAUGGACACGGAGGACUGGAAGGUCAGGGGAGAGGGGGAGGGAGAGGUGUCGUACCCCCAUCGUGCGGGGGACAUGAAGACCCACCUGGACCGUCCGCUGGUGGUCAACCCUCAGGACAACCGCAACAACAACACCAACAAGACCCGGCCCGGAGAGCCCCCUCUAGACCCGCAGGACACCCUGGGCCAGCAGAGGGCUGAAGAAUACAUCAGACGCCAGGCCUGCUACCAUCAGAGGAACAGGGGGGGUGAACCAAGGGGAGGUAGUGGCCCAGAGAGAGAGGCCCAUCUGGGGCACGGGGGGAGCAGAUUGUCCCUGCAGACGCUGGAGGGUAUUGAAGAAAGAAGGGAACAUGGAAGGAGAUGUAGGCAUAAAGAAGGGAAGGAGGGGAGGAGUGUGUCACCGCAUUGUAGCGAGGGAGGAGUGGGGGAUGAGAAGAGGAGGCACAGGAGGGUUAGGAGGGAGGGGGAGGAGGGAGGGAGAAGGCAUAAGUGUAAGGGGACAGAAGGGGUAGUGGUAGGGGAGGGGGGUGAGGUAGAGGGGGAGGGGAGGAGGCCGAGGCGUCAUCGGCAUGGAGAGAGGAGCCGACAGCAUCGAGUUAGAAAAGACCACCACUGCAGUGGCCCCAACCUCUCCACCGCUCGGCCCAUCCUCAGACAGGACAGUCAGUACAGGGAAGACCUAGACAACCUCCUCAACAACAGCAAACUACACGACCACACCCUCCACCCGCUGCCCCCAGACCACCCUGACCUUGUGAAUAACCUCCUGAACCGCAGUGUGACAGCAGACACACACCACCAUAGUAUGGACAGUCUAAUUCUGACCAGUAUGGCCAAGCCGGGUCAUACAGUCGUGGAUAUGAUGCCUCCUGUCUAUCCAUAUCCCUCCACCAAUGCCAUCCUGCAAGUGAACAAGAAUGCUAACACAGACCAGAAAAAGAAGGAUGAGGAGAAGAAGGAGGAAGAGGAGGAUGAAGGGGGCGAUGAAGAUGGUCCCAAACCAAUGCCCCCGUUCAGCUCCUGUUUCAUACUGUCCACCACCAACCCGUUCCGUAGGUGCUGCCACUACAUCCUGACCAGGAAGUACUUUGAGUUCAGUAUCCUGUCUGUGAUCGCAAUGAGCAGCAUCGCCCUGGCUGCAGAGGACCCUGUCUGGCCUGAGUCACCAAGCAACCAAGUGCUGAAAUACUUUGACUAUGUCUUCACGGGUGUCUUCACGUUUGAGAUGUUGAUCAAGAUGGUGGUGCUAGGCCUGUUCUUACAUCAGGGUUCAUACUUCAGGGACCUGUGGAACAUCCUGGACUUUAUAGUGGUUAGUGGUGCUCUGGUGGCCUUCGCCUUCACGGGGAGUGGCAAAGGGAAAGACAUCAGCACUAUCAAGUCUCUGAGAGUACUGAGGGUACUACGACCUCUCAAGACCAUCAAACGACUCCCCAAGCUAAAGGCUGUGUUUGACUGUGUGGUGAACUCUCUGAAGAACGUCCUGAACAUCCUCAUCGUCUACAUGCUCUUCAUGUUUAUAUUUGCUGUGGUGGCUGUGCAGCUGUUCAAAGGCAGAUUCUUCUACUGCACUGACGAGUCCAAGGAGUUUGAGCGCGAUUGCAGGGGAGAGUUUUUGGUGUACGAACGGAAUGAAGUAAAAGCUGAGAAGCGGGAGUGGAAGAAGUACGAUUUCCACUACGACAACGUGCCUUGGGCCCUGCUCACCCUCUUCACUGUGUCCACUGGAGAGGGCUGGCCGCAGGUGUUAAAGCAUUCGGUAGAUGCGACCUAUGAGAAUCAGGGUCCCAGUCCGGGCUACCGGAUGGAGAUGUCCAUCUUUUACGUGGUGUACUUCGUUGUCUUCCCCUUCUUCUUCGUCAAUAUCUUUGUUGCUCUCAUCAUCAUCACCUUCCAAGAACAGGGGGAUAAGAUGAUGGAGGACUACAGUCUGGAAAAGAAUGAGAGAGGAUGUAUAGACUUUGCCAUAAACGCCAAGCCCCUGACCCGCCACAUGCCCAAGAACAAGCAGAGCUUCCAGUUCCGAAUGUGGUCGUUUGUGGUGUCCCCACCGUUCGAGUACAGCAUCAUGGGUCUGAUCGCACUCAAUACUAUAGUCCUUAUGAUGAAGUAUAAUGGGGCGUCUGACACCUAUGAUAAAGUCCUGAAGAACAUCAACAUCGUCUUCACUACCCUCUUCUUCAUGGAGUGUAUUCUCAAGAUCAUCGCCUUCGGGGUUUUGAAUUAUUUUAAAGACGCUUGGAACAUUUUUGAUUUUGUCUCCGUGCUCGGAAGCUUCACUGAUAUCCUGGUGACAGAAUUUUGGAAUAACUUCAUCAACCUGAGUUUCCUUCGACUGUUUCGAGCGGCUCGUCUUGUCAAGCUACUGAGACAAGGAGAGACUAUACGCAUCCUGCUCUGGACUUUCGUCCAGUCAUUUAAGGCGCUGCCCUAUGUGUGCCUCCUCAUUGGCAUGCUGUUCUUUAUCUAUGCCAUCAUUGGGAUGCAGUUGUUUGGUAAUCUGGCACUGGGUGAGGACGAAGGCAGUGCCAUCAACGAAAACAACAACUUCAGGACUUUCAUCAUGGCACUCAUGUUACUAUUCAGGAGUGCGACAGGUGAGGCGUGGCAUGACAUCAUGCUGUCGUGUCUGGGGGGUAAGAAGUGUGACCCAGACUCAGGGAACACAGAACCAGAGUGUGGCAGCACCUUCGCAUACACAUACUUCGUCUCCUUCAUCUUCUUCUGUUCUUUCCUGAUGCUGAAUCUGUUUGUGGCUGUCAUCAUGGAUAACUUUGAGUACCUGACCAGAGACUCAUCUAUACUGGGUCCUCAUCACCUGGACGAGUACGUCAGGAUAUGGGCCGAGUAUGACCCCGCUGCCUGCGGGCGCAUACAUUAUAAGGAUAUGUACAGUUUAUUGAGAGUAAUCUCCCCUCCUCUGGGCUUGGGCAAGAAAUGCCCUCAUAGGGUGGCCUGCAAGAGGCUGCUGCGCAUGGACUUGCCGGUUGCCGAGGACAACUCAGUGCAUUUCAACUCCACCCUCAUGGCUCUGAUUCGGACAGCGCUCGAUAUCAAGAUUGCCAAGGGAGGAGCUGACAAACAUCAGAUGGACGCUGAGCUAAGGAAAGAAAUGAUGGCCAUUUGGCCCAACCUCUCUCAGAAGAACCUAGACCUGCUGGUCACGCCACACAAGUCAGCCACAGACCUGACGGUGGGGAAGAUCUACGCUGCCAUGAUGAUCAUGGAGUAUUACAGACAGAGCAAGGCCAAGAAGCUCCAGGCCCUACGCGAGGAGCAGAACCGAACACCGUUAAUGUUUCAGCGCAUGGAGCCGCCCUCCCCCGGGGGAGGAGAAGGGGGAGGAGGGGGAGGCCCCGACGGGACGGGAGGAGGGAUGCCAGGGGUCAACGGCCUCCCCGCCACACAGCACGACCCCAACAGCAUACCUCCAGAGGGUGGGAUGACAGAGAGCCAGUCGUGGGUAACAGCUAAAGCUCAGGAGAUGUUUAACAAGACGGGCAACUGGAGCCCAGAGAGACCCUACCCCGACCAUCUCCAUGACAACAGACACAACCCCCAGACGCUAGAGAUGAGAAAGAUGGGGCGGGACGGGUACUCGGAAACUGAGCCCUGUCACCCAAUGCGAAUGGACAGGCAUGGUCGGACCAUCUCCAUGCCCCGCCUCUCAGACGACAACCAAGUGAGCACCUUCAUCCCCAUCAUCAUCAUAAACCCUCCAUUCCUCCUCCUCAUCCCUCCACUCUUUCCCCUCCGUCCUCCUUUUCCUCGCUCUGACUAUCCACUCUGACCUGUGUUUGUUUAUUUUUGUCUAUUUGGAUCCCCAUUAGCAGCUAUUCUUCCUGGGGUCCACAGUAAACAUG